GAAAACUCAUAACAUUUAUUCACUUUUUCACAAAAGUUUUGAUCAUUUUUUUCUUAGGAUUCGCGGAUAGGAAUUUUUCAUCGAAUAUGAUUAUCUGCGAACAUUUGUUUUCAAAGCGUGGAAACUUUUCAGGAGUAAACACCAAAAACACAUGGCGGCCACCCGGUCUUUGAAGGGUCUUGUGGCACUCGUAACUGGAGGAGCGUCGGGAUUAGGACGAGCUACUGUUGAAAGAUUCAUUCGCAAUGGGAGUAGUGUAUUAAUUUGUGAUCUGCCAACAUCAAGUGGAGAUGGAAUUGCAAAAUCUCUGGGAGAAAGUUGUGUAUUUGCACCUACAGAUGUUUCUUCUGAAGCUGAUGUUAAAAUGGCUCUUGAAAUUGUGAAAUCAAAAUUUAAGAAGCUAGAUGUUGUUGUGAAUUGUGCAGGAAUCAGUGUAGCUUUUAAAUUGUAUAAUUUUCUCAAAGAAACCUGUCACAAAUUGAGUGAUAUAGAAAAAGUAACAAAGGUCAACACUGUUGGAACUUUCAAUGUCAACAGACUAGCGGUGGAAUUAAUGGCUGAAAAUCCUCCUAAUGAAGAUGGACAGAGAGGUGUUCUUAUUAAUACAUCAGGGAGUUCAGCUUUUGAUGGUUUCAUUGGGCAAAGUGCUUAUUCUUCUACUGCAGGAUCUAUAGUGUCCAUGACACUUCCUAUGGCAAGGGAUCUUGCUCCACAAGGCAUUCGCUGUUGUACUAUUGCUCCAGGUUUUAUGGAUACAGAAUUAAUGGGAACUUUACCUCCAGAAGUAAUUAACUUUAUCUCCGAUACUACUCCAUUUCCGAAGAGAUUUGGUAAACCUGAUGAAUUUGCGCACCUUGUUCAAUGUAUAAUAGAAAAUCCUAUGUUAAAUGGCGAAGUUAUAAGAUUAGAUGGUGGAUCACGAUUUCGUUUAUAGAUAUGUGUUUCUUCUAUGUUGCAUUUUGUAGAAAAUCAUUAAAUUUUUUUUUUUCAACUCA